AUGAGUGGAGCUGUUGGCUUCAAGCAUCCGGCAAAGCUCCGCAUUCCUCGCAGCGCCUUCCUGCCUGUUGACGUCGCUGCUCCUUGGGUCCGUCGUCGCUGUGUAGUGGAAUAUGACGGCGCCGCCUUCUUUGGAUCCCAAGCACAGGAUCAGCCCGGCGCCCUGCGAACUGUGCAGGAAGUCAUCGAGGACGCGUUAUUCCGUACCACCGGCGAGAAGGGCCUGCCCAGACUGCGCUUCGCCUCGCGCACCGACACGGGCGUUCAUGCUCUGGGUCAGGUGAUGGUGUUUGUCAGUCAAUGCAUCGAGUCCGAUCGCGUCUUCCGCGACGCCCUCAACACGCGCCUACCUGAUGACGUCUUGUGUCAUAGUAUGACCACUAUGACUGAGGCCGAGGCCGACUUCGACCCGCGCAGCGACACCAAGCGGAAACGCUACGAGUACGAGCUGAUCGUGGGUGGUCUGCGUCCUGUCGCCCACCGUCGCAAUGUGUGGUACGUUCACAAGCCACUGGAUGUAGCCAAGAUGCAGGAAGCGAUCGACCACUUGAUGACGCCUCCAACAACAAAAGACUUUUCAGCCUUCACGCCCCAGAAAGCGGUGGACAGAGAGCGAGGCAACAUCUGCACGAUCUCAACGAUUGAGCUUCAUUCGACCAUGAUGGACGACAGAGGAGACGCCCAGUACCGAGAGGAUGUAGCCACGAGGAUACGUCUGGUCUUUGAGGGCAACCGGUUCAGGUACAAGAUGGUGCGGAUCUUGGUGGGUACCCUCGUCGAUAUUGGCUUGGGAAGAUUGAAACCCGAUGACAUUCCAGUGAUCUUAGCAUCUCAAAACCGAGGGAAAGCUGGACAGGGCGCUCCGUCGCAAGGACUUACUUUGAUAUGGGUCAAGUACGACUAA